GAAGCUCAAAAAUAACCGAGGCUGCGUAUUCUUACGGACCGGAUAAAACUCCCGUCACGGAUGGAGCCAUGAUUCUUCGAAGAGAAAUUCGGACAGACGAUGUUUACCGCACGUGUAACCUUCCCUUACGAUUUAUGUAUCCAAAACUGUUCCGGGGUUAUCGACAACUCGACAGUCCUCUUCCACAUCCUUGCUAUCGGAGUUCCUCCAUGGAGUACGGGUGGCAUGCACCAACCAUACAUACGGUUCCCACAACCUUCUAUCCACGAAAUACGUCUUUCAGUAGCGAUUUAAUAAGAGCUGGGAUGUAUCAGAAUUGUUCAUUGAAUACAGAGUUGGACAAGUCGUUGUUUUGACCUAACUAAACGUACGUAUGCUUUACGCAACCAUUUCUAUUAAAUCUGUAAAUGAAAAAUAAAUCGGCACCGUGUACAACUAUAUGCAUCGGAUUGUAACUUCAAACCGGAGCAUAUAUUAAAAUGUCCGAUAAUUUUUCUAACCGUGAUAACGAUACAAAAGUAGCAUUUAAAGGAUCGACCGUUUAUAAAACUUUUUUCUGAAUGGAGUGUACCAAAUUGUUUCAUAAAUCAUCACGUGAAUAUAAAGACC